UCAAGCAAACUACAACACAUAGUAGCAUCUUCUAUAUCCACCAAAGAGUAGAAGAAAAUGGGGUCCGAAUCCACUCUCAGACUUCCUGUCAUAGAUUUCUCCAACCUUGAUCAAAAAGUACACACUCCCGAGUGGGACUUGGUGAGAACCCAAGUCCUGGAAGCACUCCAAGAGUAUGGUUGCUUCGAGGCUUUCUUCAGUAAAGUCCCCCUAGACCUUCGAAAGGCUCUUUUGUGUGCAACAGAAGAGCUGUUUGACCUCCCUUUACAAACAAAGCUGCGUAACAUUUCUAAAAAACCCUAUCAUGGCUAUGUUGGGCAAUACCCUAUGGUGCCACUAUAUGAGAGCAUGGGCAUUGAUGAUUCAAACAUCUCUGAGAAAGUUGAGAGCUUGUCAAAUAUCUUCUGGCCUGAAGGAAACCCAAGUUUUAGCAAUACCAUACAAUCAUUCUCUGAGAGACUAUCAAAAUUAGAUCAAAUAGUCAGGAGGAUGAUUUUGGAAGGCUUGGACCUUGAGAAAUACCUAGAGGAACACAUGUGGUCAACCAAUUACCUUCUUCGGGUCAUGAAAUAUAAAGGGCCUCAAACCAGUGAGACCAAGAUUGGACUGACCGCUCACACAGAUAAAAACAUCGUGACCAUAUUGUAUCAAAAUCAAGUUGAGGGGUUGGAGGUAGAGACCAAAGAUGGUGAAUGGAUCAACGUCAAACCCUCUCCAGACUCUUUCACUGUCAUGAUCGGUGAUUCUCUACUGGCAUGGACAAACGGCAGGCUGCACUCUCCAAAUCAUCGAGUCAUGAUGACCGGAGAUGAGGCAAGGUAUUCAACUGGAUUGUUCUCAAUCCCCAAAGCAGGUUACAUCAUUGAAGCCCCGAAGGAGCUAGUUGAUGAGGAACACCCUUUGCUCUUUAAGCCCUUUGAUCAUGUUCAGUUCCUCGGCUACUACUACACUGAGGCUGGUCAGAAAGCCAAGUCUGCUUUGAGGAAUUAUUGUGGAAUAUGAGAAAUAUGCCUUGUGUGUAUUGUGCACUAGUAGCAACUUUUAUUGUUUAAAAUCUGAACCUUUUGCCUUUUAAUUUUAAAUAAAUCGCUUUCUGUGUGAGUGUGGUAAUGAGUACUACAGCUUUUUCUUAGUAAAUUGUAAUAAAUAAAGUUUUUCUUUUUAACUUUUAAUGGUCCGAAUAAAAGAAUAUAUAUUUAAGCAAAGCUUGGGUUUGUUAUCA